AUGGCCAUGAUAAUACAUUUAACGAGCGAAAUUAUAAAAAUACAGAACGAAUGGGAAAAAGACAAAAAGGAGGAAAAAGCAAAAGAGAGCAGUAGCCUUAACGGAAAAACGAACAGCUGUGUGAAAUGGAAUUACUAUCUGAAUAGCAAAAAUAACCCCCUAAAAUGCUUCGUCUAUGUGGAUGUGCCGGAAGGAACAGUGAUGUUAAAGCCAGAAAAGAUAGACGACAAAAAAAAAAAUUUCCUAAUUUCAAUCAGUGCUUUAAAUGAUAUCAGAAGGAAUAAUAAAGAUAUACUAAAAAACAUUUAUUUUAAAAAACAUAAAAUAACCUUUGACCACAUAUAUCGAAAUAGCAAUUGCAUAACGUUAUUGGUUAGUAGAUUUAUUGACCACCCUUACCUUCUCAACACGUUGUCUUUUUUUUGUUUAACUUCUUGUGGCUACCUUCUGACUGAUGUGUUUUGUCAAGGGGUUCUUCAUUUAUUGAGUAGUGAAAUAAUUUGGAACCCCCUUGUAUACAACGUAUGGUGUAACGUAUAUUACACGACUUUGCCUUUGAAGCUUUAUUUGGCCAAACAGACCUACUCCUACGGAAGAGUCGCCUUCGAUUUUUUUGUCAAUUACGUAAGAUCUAAAUUAAUUAGGUUAGAAACUGCGUUAAUAAAUUCUUCGUUGAAGCGGAAAGUAGACUUAGACACUCGCGAGGAAAACAGAUAUGACGAUAGAAUAUUUUUCAUCUCAACUCAGUGUGACAUUUCGGACGAGGAAGAAGAAGACUUCACGUACAUUUGA